CUCGUGGCAGGGGGUUGGAACUGGAUGAUCUUAAGGUCCCUUUUUACCCAAACCAGCCUGGGAUUCUACAAAACACGCACAAAUAUUGCGGCACUUUCCCUAGACUCCAAUUCCUCUCCCAAGCCGUUUUUCUUUCUUGUUGUGAAUGUAAAUGCAGCCAGAAGUAUGUGGAAAACAUCUGCCCAUUCCAUCCUUAGCUGCCCAUUUUGAAGGAGCUCUCCUCUCACAUGCUGAAGCACAGACAAGUGGCCAAUCCAGCUGUGGCAGGUGUGUCCAUUUAAUCCGUGUGCCAAAAGCAAAACCUGACCUCUGGCCACCUCGAAAUCUCUGUUAUUUGGCUUCAGUAUUGCAUUUACUCAGUACACUGCUACAGUAUACAGGAUGAUUCCAGCAAAAGCUGCAGAAGAUCAUGGGAGGGUCCUGACACUGCACAACAUAUUCCUGCACAAGAGACCAAUUUGAAGCUGUAGAGAUUGAGAAACUGAAGCAAGAUCCAGUCACUUUUGGAAUUCUUAACACAGGUGUGAUUUGAUAAAAGCCUUUUGAUGACAUGAAAAAAACCCCAAACCAACAAACAUAUGGAUUCUCAGGAACAAACCAACCAACACCACAGCGAAACAGCACGAGAGAGUCAUGACCUCCCAAAGAACGCUCACGUUUUGCUCGGAACGCAGGGAAUAUGCACGUUCACUGUGAGAAGAGCUUCCAGGAAAGCAGUCAAAAUGAAAGUGCAACUCCCUUCCAGCUGAGGGUGUGGUGCUGGAAGACAACAUGCAAUAUCAGAGCGAUUCAGACCAUUCCACCAGAGCACAUCUCACUCGCAGUACCUGCUAUUAGCCUGCUGACAAAAGAAGCUUUGCCAUGGGCUGGGAUCUGAAUAACUCAACUGAUUACUGGAUUGAGGAUGAGGAGGAUGAUGUCAACUCAGUUAUAGAUUACGAUACAUACGAGCUUCUCUGUGAAAAAAGUGAUGUGAGAAACUUCAGUAAAGUAUUCCUCCCCGUGUUCUAUGCACUGGCUUUCACCCUUGGAGUUGCUGGAAAUUCAUUAGUGGUUGCAAUUUAUGCCUAUUGCAAGAAACCGAAGACUAAGACAGAUGUGUACAUCAUGCAUCUAGCCAUUGCGGAUCUGCUCUUGCUCUUUACACUCCCCUUCUGGGCUGCAAAUGCAGUGCAGGGGUGGGAACUUGGAAACUCAAUGUGCAAGCUUGCUUCUUCCUUGUACACCAUGAAUUUCAGCUCUAGCAUGCUGUUCCUGGCCUGUAUCAGUGUGGAUAGAUACAAGGCCACUUAUGAAUCCAGGGGUCACAGAAGAAUUGGUCAACACUGCAGUGUUACCUGCAUCUGUGUCUGGCUGACUGCCAUUUUCCUCAGUAUCCCUGAACUGAUAUUUAAUCAAGUCAAGAAACACAAUGACAGGAACGAAUGCUUUCCAGUAUUUCCAAAGAACAUGGAAACGCUCUUAAAAGCAACCAUUCAAAUCCUGGAAGUUAUCCUGGAAUUUCUGCUUCCUUUCCUAGUAAUGCUGAUCUGCUAUUCAGCUACUGCUCGAGCUAUCUUUAGAUCUGCAAGUGCUAAAAAGUCUCGACCUUUCAUGGUCCUGCUGGCAGUAGUGACUACUUUCAUUAUUACCCAGCUACCUUACAACAUUGUCAAGUUCUGGCGAGCCACAGAUAUCAUCUACAUGUUGAUCACUGACUGUGAGACAAGUAAAAGCAUAGAUGUUGCACUCCAGGUCACCAAGAGCAUAGCUUUGUUUCACACUUGCCUGAAUCCUCUUCUCUAUGUCUUUCUGGGAGCCUCUUUUAAAAUGCACAUUAUGAAAAUUGCAAAAAAUUAUGGAUACUGGAGAAGACAGCAACAGAAUGGAAGACCUGAAGAGAUUUCUAUGAAUUACGAAGACCAUACUGAAGAAACAACUAGUUUCACUAUAUAGACUCUCCACGGCUUUCAUUAUCAUCUUAUGUAACCAAGGGAAUUAUUUACUAGUAUUGAUUAUAACAACUACUACUAUUGUUAUACAAAGGUAUUGUUUCAGCAGCUGUUUCUCUGCAAGUCAACUUUCACAUGACUUCCUGAACGUGCAGACCAGCCAAGUCACUACAGAGCAGUUCAAAGUGGAACAUCCUGAUCAAAAUGAAGCAUCAGGCAAGAACUAAAUACUGAAAUUGCUAGAAACAAGUGGAAAUACAAGCUAGAGGAUGACCAACUUGCACAUGCCUAAACAUCUAAUUAAAACAGAAACCAUCAGCAAUAAAGCAGCAGUACAGGACCAUUUGUACCAGAAGUUCAUAAUCUUGUGUCUUCCCAGCUCUUUUGUAAAAUAGAUGGAACAUUUGCCUAAUAAAUCAGUUCCAUUUCUUUCCUCAGCUAUCAUUCCAUAGAUAGCCUUGCAGCUUGAAUUGAGGUCUAAGUUCAUGGCUGAGAACUGGGAAGGGGAGACAUUCUCUAUGUGUUUCCAGAUAUGUAUAGUCACAACAACAUCCUCCACAAAACCCAGUAACUACCAAAACUAACCUUUCACGUCUCUUGUUUUGCUCACCCUAAACAUCCACAACGCCAGUGCCCUAUGGGAGGCACAUUCUAGAUCUCUGUAAAUGCCAAAGCAGUGCAGUCCAAGCAUUAGCACAAAUGUAAGAAAAAGUUAAGUUAAUCUUCAGAUACAGGGCCUGGAAUUUCUAGUCACACUUUGUAAAAUGAAUCGAACACCGCCAUAACUGUAUCUACUAAAACAGAUGGAGAUACAAUAAAAUCAAAGAAUCCAGAA